UCACCUUAUCUCGCUCUGUGUUCGGGGACUGUCUCACAUAUUUCUCCUGAAGGAUUUUCACGGCGUUCAGUUUGGGCUGUGCUUGUUAAUGGGCGACUCGGACGGCUGCCUUUCUCAUCCAUGUGUGCCCCUCUGAGUGCACUGUAAGCAGCAGCAACAGCAGCACCUUGGAAGAACAGAAGGAGGAGGCUUGCUUUCUGCCGUACCGUGUGGUGCACGGUGGAAAUACACUCCCCUGCUCUGGUUACUAUCAAAACGAAAGGGAGGGAAGAAGAAGACGGAGACGAAGUAGAAGCAUAAGUGUUUUUUUUUUGCGAUGCAUCUCAGCCGGCUACACUGAAUUUGUCUUCAGAAUGAAUCACUCAAACUGAACAGGAAGAAAAACCCACAUUUGAUCCUGAAAGUAGCGUGGAGGCAGCCAUGGAAGUGAAGGAACGUAGACCCUACCGCUCACUCACUGCCCGGCAGGACACAGAGCGGCGUUAUACCAGCUCCUCAGCAGACAGUGAAGAUGGCAAACCCAACACGAAGUCCUACAGCUCCAGUGAAACCCUCAAAGCCUUUGACCACGACUCAAGGAUGGGUUACGGGAACCGUGUCAAGGAAAUGGUUCACCAUGAAGUGGAUGAAUUCAGCAGGCAAGGAGCAGACUUUUCCCUUCGAGACCUUGGCUUUGGAGAAGCCCUCCCAUCACACGUUGCCACAUACAGGACUGACAUUGGGCUGCCACACCGCGACUACUCCGUCAGUGUGGGCUCCGAUGCAGACACGGAGACAGACGGCAUCAUGUCGCCAGAGCAUGCCGUCAGAUUAUGGGGCCGCUCCAACACCAAGUCAGGCCGCAGCUCGUGCCUCUCCAGCAGGGCCAACUCUAAUCUAACUCUAACUGACACGGAACAUGAGAACACAGAAAACGGUCCUCCGCUGCAUUGUUCAUCCUCCUCCUCCUCCCCUGUUGAGCAGCUCUCAUACCCUCCCCCUUCCAUUGCAGCCAAUGAGAACCAGGGAAGGUUGCUAGGUAACUGUGCGGCUCAGCCAGCCCAGGACUCUGACUCUGAGGAUGAGUUUGGCCCCAAUUCAUUCUUAGUUAAAACUGGCUCAGGGAACCUGUAUGCUCCAGCCACUGCAACUUCUGAUGACGGAGCCUUUCAAAAUCACUCUCGGCUGCGGACGCCUCCUCUACCAAUUUCUCACUCUCACUCGCCCAAUCAUCAGCACCAUGCAGCCUCUAUUAACUCUUUGAACAGGGGCAACUACACUCCACGGAGCAACCCAAGUCCUGCACCCACAGACAGCUCUGCUCCACCUGAGGGUCCUGCCAGUGCUCAAGACUCUGGGAGUACACAGGAUAACUGGCUACUCAACAGUAACAUCCCUCUGGAAACAAGGAGCCAGAAUACUCUAAUGUUUAUGAGAGAAGAGCAGGACGCUUGCAGAGAGGGGCAGGGCUCAUACAAUACAAGAAACAUAGCAAAGCAGGCAUUCCUAGAGACUUUACAGGACAACUUCAUUGAGAUGGAUAUUCUGGCAUCAGCACGCCAUGAUGCCUCGUACAACGACGGGCAUUUCCUGUUCAAACCAGGUGGAACAUCACCAAUGUAUUGCACAACUUCACCAGGAUACCCUCUGACCUCCAGCACGGUAUACUCUCCUCCCCCACGCCCUUUGCCUCGAAACACCUUCACUCGACCUGCCUUCAACCUGAAGAAGCCCUACAAGCACUGCAACUGGAAAUGUGCUGCUCUCAGUGCCAUCCUCAUCUCGCUAACACUGCUGCUCCUAUUAGCCUACUUUAUUGCCAUUCAUCUUUUGGGAUUAAACUGGCACCUGCAACCCAUGCAGAGACAGAUGUACCAGCUGUCAGAGGACAACACAAGUGGCCUAACUUUCCCUACACACCUGACCUUGCCACCACUAGGGAACACGGGGUUAGAAAUACCUGAUCGCAAGGGGAAAGAUGACAGCAAAUUGGACAGCUUGUUCCCAGAUGACAGCUAUAUAGAUAUGGGAGAGAUUGACGUGGGCCGCAAGGUCGCUCAGCAGAUUCCUCAAGGUAUCUUCUGGAGAUCCCAGGUCUUCAUUGAUCACCCCAUGUACCUGAAGUUUAAUGUGUCACUCAGCAAAGAUGCCUUAGUGGGAAUAUAUGGAAGAAGAGGCCUUCCUCCAUCGCACACACAGUUUGACUUUGUUGAGCUUUUGGAUGGGCGGCGGCUCCUAGCCCAAGAUAUCCAUGGUCUGGAUGGGCCUGUGGCUAUGCAGCGAAGUCUUGUACCCAUCACCACACACGACACAGGCUUUAUUCAGUACAUGGACUCAGGCAUCUGGCACCUGGCCAUCUACAAUGAUGGGAAAGAAACUGAAACUGUCUCCUUCCUUACCACUGCCAUAGAUUCUAUUGAUGACUGUCCCAGCAACUGCUUUGGAAAUGGUGACUGUGUUGCUGGAACUUGUCACUGCUUUUUAGGAUUCAAAGGACCUGACUGUGGGCGAGCUUCCUGUCCAGUACUAUGCAGCGGGAAUGGUCAAUACCUAAAAGGUCGCUGUAUGUGUCACAGCGGAUGGAAGGGUUCAGAAUGUGACGUUCCCACCAACCAGUGCAUCGAUGUCACAUGUAGUGGCCAUGGGACCUGCAUCGUAGGAACCUGUAUCUGCAACCCUGGCUACAAAGGGGAAAACUGUGAAGAAGUGGACUGCUUGGAUCCAACAUGCUCAGGCCGGGGUAUUUGCGUCCAGGGAGAGUGCCACUGCUUUGUAGGUUGGGGUGGGCCAGGAUGUGAAAGCCCCAGGGCUUCCUGCAUGGACCAGUGCUCUGGACACGGAGCUUUUCUAGCAGAUACCGGAACCUGCAGCUGUGAUCCCAACUGGACAGGCCAUGACUGUUCAACAGAGAUUUGUGCAGCGGACUGUGGUGGCCAUGGCAUUUGUGUUUCAGGCACCUGUCGCUGUGACGACGGCUGGAUGGGCACUGGGUGUGACCAGAGGGCGUGUCACCCACGCUGCAACGAGCAUGGCACUUGCAAGGAUGGCAAAUGUGAAUGCAGCCCGGGAUGGAACGGAGAACACUGCACCAUUGAGGGCUGCCCUGGUUUGUGCAAUGGAAAUGGUAGGUGCACCCUGGGUAACAAUGGCUGGUACUGCGUAUGCCAGCUGGGCUGGAGGGGCACUGGCUGUGACACCUCUAUGGAAACCGCAUGCAGUGAUGUCAAGGACAACGAUGGAGAUGGCCUGGUGGACUGCAUGGAUCCAGACUGCUGUCUGCAGGCAACCUGUCACACCACCUCUUUGUGUGUCGGAUCCCCGGAUCCCCUGGACAUCAUCCAGGAGACACAGAUGUCCUCUGCACAAAGCAACCUGCAGACUUUCUAUGAUCGAGUGCGCUUCCUGGUGGGCAGGGACAGCACUCACAUCAUCCCUGGAGCUAACCCCUUCGAUGGCAACCAUGCUUGUGUUAUCCGUGGACAAGUAGUGACCUCAGAUGGAACACCACUGGUUGGAGUCAACAUCAGCUUCAUCAACAAUCCUUCUUAUGGUUACACUAUCACAAGGCAGGAUGGAAGCUUUGACUUGGUGACCAAUGGGGGCAUAGCCAUAGCCCUGCACUUUGAGCGCGCUCCAUUCAUCACCCAGGAGCACACACUGUGGUUGCCAUGGGGACGUUUCUUUGUCAUGGACACCAUCGUCAUGCGGCAUGAGGAGAAUGACAUCCCCAGCUGUGACCUGAGCAGCUUUAGCAGGCCUGCCCCUGUUGUGUCCCCAGCCCCGCUCACUGCAUUCGCUGGCUCCUGCACUGAAAGAGGGACAGUUGUACCUGAAAUCCAGUCUCUGCAGGAGGAAGUGCCUAUACCAGGAGCAGAAAUGAAACUGGGCUAUCUAAGCAGCAGGACUCCAGGUUACAAGUCAAUACUGAGGGUGACCCUUACCCACUCCACAAUCCCUUUCAACUUGAUGAAGGUUCACCUCAUGGUGGCUGUGGAAGGCAGGCUAUUCAGAAAGUGGUUUCCCGCAGCCCCCAAUCUGUCCUAUGACUUUGUGUGGGAUAAGACUGAUGUCUAUAGCCAGAAGGUUUAUGGCCUUUCUGAAGCCUUUGUUUCAGUGGGUUUUGAGUAUGAGUCAUGUCCAGAUUUUAUUCUGUGGGAGAAGAGAACUGCUGUACUACAAGGGUACGAAAUUACUGCUUCCAAAUUGGGAGGGUGGACAAUAGACAAGCAUCACGCUUUAAAUAUCCAGAGUGGUAUUCUUCACAUGGGCAACGGAGAGAACAUCUUCAUCUCCCAGCAGCCUCCUGUUAUUGGCAGCGUGAUGGGGAACGGACGCAGACGCAGCAUUUCCUGCCCUAGCUGUAAUGGGCUUGCUGACGGAAACAAGCUCAUGGCCCCUGUGGCGCUAGCUUGUGGCUCAGAUGGAAGUCUGUACGUGGGUGACUUCAACUAUGUUAGGAGGAUUUUCACCACAGGGAACGUCACCAGUGUCCUGGAGCUCAGCAACAGCCCUGCUCAUAAGUACUAUCUGGCCACCAGCCCUGUGAACAGUGCCGUGUACUUGUCUGACACCAGCAGCAGGAAGGUGUUCAAGGUGAAAUCCCUGAAUACUGUAAAAGAUGUGGCUAAGAAUCUGGAGCUUGUGGCAGGCACUGGUGACCAGUGUCUCCCAUAUGACGAUGCCCGCUGUGGGGAUGGAGGAAAAGCUGUUGAGGCCACUCUCACUAAUCCCAGAGGCAUUACGGUGGAUAAAUACGGCAUAAUCUUCUUUGUGGAUGGGACCAUGAUUCGCAGGAUUGACCAGAAUGGUAUCAUUUCUACUCUUUUGGGGUUCAAUGACUUAACCUCUGCUCGACCUCUCAGCUGUGAUGCUGUGAUGGACAUCUCUCAGGUACGUCUGGAGUGGCCCACAGACCUGGCAGUGAGUCCCAUGGACAACUCUUUGUACGUUCUAGACAACAACGUUGUACUCCAGAUCUCUGAAAAUCAUCAAGUCCGAAUUGUUGCCGGCCGUCCCAUGCACUGCCAAGUGCCAGGGAUUGAUCAUUUUCUCAUGAGCAAAGUUGCCAUCCAUGCCACCCUGGAGUCAGCAAAUGCCCUGGCUGUGUCUCACAAUGGUAUUUUGUACAUUGCUGAGUCAGAUGAAAAGAAAAUAAACAGAGUACGGCAGGUGUCUACCAAUGGGGAGAUAUCUCUGGUUGCAGGAGCACCAAGUGGCUGUGACUGCAAGAAUGAUGCCAACUGUGACUGUUAUUCUGGAGAUGAAGGCUAUGCCAAGGACGCUAAACUAAAUGCACCCUCUUCCCUGGCAGUAUGUCCAGAUGGGGAGCUCUAUAUUGCAGAUCUUGGGAACAUCCGUAUCCGCUAUGUGCGCAAAAACAAGCCCUAUCUAAACCCCCUCAGCAUGUAUGAGGUGUCCUCUCCGAUUAAUGAUGAACUCUAUCUGUUUGAUUCUAAUGGCAGCCACAUUUUCACACAAAGUCUGACUACUGGAGACCACCUCUACAAUCUGACCUACACAGGAACAGGUGAUGUAAGCAGCAUCACUGAUAAGAACAAAAACACGGUGAUCAUCCGACGAGACACUACAGGAAUGCCCCUGUGGCUAAUGGUCCCUGAUGGUCAGACCUUCUGGUUUACCAUUGGUACUAACAACGCCCUUAAAACUGUAGCUGCCCAGGGUCAAGAACUAGCUGUAAUGACCUACCAUGGCAGUUCAGGACUCCUUGCUUCCAAGACAAAUGAAAAUGGAUGGACAACCUUCUUUGAGUAUGACAGUUACGGGCGUCUGACCAACGUCACUUAUCCCACAGGCCGAAUAAGUAGCUAUCGUACAGAUGCUGACAGCUCUGUCCGCAUCCAGACAGAGGGCUCUAACAAAGAGGAUAUCACAGUAACUACCAACCUAUCUGCUUCUGGCACCUUCUACACACUUAUGCAAGAUCAAGUUCGGAACAGUUAUUUUAUUGGCUUGGAUGGCUCAUUGCGGUUAGUUUUGGCCAAUGGUAUGGAGGUAUCCUUGUACACUGAACCGCACCUGCUAGCUGGCACAGUCAACCCCACAGUCAGCAAGAGGAAUGUCACCCUGGCUAUCGACAAUGGUCUUAACUUGGUGGAGUGGAGACAGAGGAAGGAGCAAGCUCGUGGCCAGGUCACUGUGUAUGGACGCAGAUUAAGGGUUCACAACAGGAACCUGCUCUCAUUGGACUUUGAUCGAAUCACCAGAACAGAAAAGGUUUAUGAUGAUCACAGGAAGUUUACCUUAAGGAUUCAUUACGAUCAUGCUGGACGACCCACCCUGUGGGCACCAAGCAGUCGUCUGAAUGGAGUCAAUGUCACCUACUCCCCUGGAGGGCAUGUAGCAGGUAUCCAAAGAGGAACCAUGUCUGUACGCAUGGAGUACGACCAGAAUGGCAGGAUUACCUCCCAGAUAUUUGCAGAUGGUAAAUCGUGGAGCUACACUUACCUUGAGAAGUCUAUGGUGUUGCUGCUCUAUAGCCAGAGGCAGUAUAUCUUUGAAUUUGACAAAAAUGAUCGACUCUCCUCUGUAACCAUGCCAAACGUAGCCCGGCAGACCCUGGAAACCUCUCGCUCCAUUGGUUACUACAGAAACACCUACCGCCCCCCUGAAGGUAAUGCUUCAGUGCUCCAAGACUACAGUGAGGAUGGUCAGUUGCUGCAGACCACCUACCUGGGCACAGGCCGCAGGGUCAUCUACAAAUACGGAAAGCUCUCUAAGCUGCUGGAAAUUCUCUACGACACUACACGCAUUGGUUUCUCCUAUGAUGAGGUGGCAGGAAUGUUGAAAACUGUCAACCUGCAGAGUGAAGGCUUUACGUGCACCAUCCGCUACCGACAGAUCGGACCACUGAUUGACAGGCAGAUUUUCAGAUUCAGUGAAGAGGGCAUGGUCAACGCCAGAUUUGACUACGUCUAUGACAACAGUUUCCGAGUCACCAGCAUGCAAGCUGUCAUCAAUGAGACACCGUUACCAAUAGACUUGUAUCGCUAUGAUGACGUGUCUGGCAAGACUGAGCAGUUUGGCAAAUUUGGAGUCAUCUAUUAUGACAUAAAUCAAAUUAUAACCACAGCAGUGAUGACCCACACCAAACACUUUGAUGCUUACGGUCGGGUGAAGGAAGUCCAAUAUGAGAUAUUUCGCUCUCUCAUGUACUGGAUGAUGGUUCAAUAUGACAAUAUGGGGCGUGUGGUUACCAAGGAGCUAAAAGUUGGGCCCUAUGCCAACACCACCCGAUACACUUAUGAGUAUGAUUCUGAUGGUCAACUCCAGGUGGUCUCCAUCAAUGACAAGCCCUUAUGGAGGUACAGCUAUGACCUAAAUGGCAACCUGCACCUCCUCAGUCCUGGAAACAGUGCCCGCCUCACUCCCCUUCGCUAUGACAUCAGAGACCGCAUUACUCGUUUGGGAGAUGUCCAGUACAGGAUGGAUGAGGAUGGUUUCCUGAAGCAAAGAGGAAAUGAUUACUUUGAGUACAACUCAGCCGGUCUGCUGAUCAAGGUGUACAACAAAGUUAGUGGAUGGAGUAUCAAAUAUCGUUAUGAUGGCUUGGGUAGAAGGGUGUCCAGCAGAAGUAGCAAUGGCCACCACCUCCAGUUCUUCUAUGCUGACUUGUCCAGCCCCACUCGGGUCACCCAUAUGUACAAUCACUCUAGCUCUGAGAUCACCUCAUUGUAUUAUGACCUACAGGGACACUUGUUUGCCAUGGAGUUAACUGGAGGGGAUGAGUUUUAUGUGGCAUGUGAUAACAUAGGCACGCCUUUGGCUGUGUUUAGUGGUUCAGGCCUCAUGAUCAAGCAGAUCCUCUACACGGCAUUUGGGGAGGUUUACCUUGACACCAACCCCACCUUCCAGCUCAUAAUCGGCUAUCAAGGAGGACUGUAUGAACCUCUUAGUAAACUGGUCCACAUGGGCAGACGGGAUUAUGAUGUCCUGGCUGGUCGCUGGACAACACCAGACCAUGAGAUUUGGAAACGUCUGAACAGCAACCACAUUGUGCCGUUCAACUUGUACAUGUUCAAGAAUAACAAUCCUCUUGGGAAUAAUGAGGAGACAAAGUGCUACAUGACAGAUGUGAACAGUUGGUUGGUGACAUUUGGCUUCCAGCUGUACAACGUUAUUCCUGGCUAUCGUAAACCAAAUACAGAGGCCAUGGAGCCAUCCUACGAAUUAGUCCGCACCCAGAUCAAGACACAGGAGUGGGAUAGCACCAAGUCUCUGCUUGGUGUUCAGUGUGAAGUUCAGCGGCAGUUAAAGGCCUUUGUGAAGCUUGAACGUUUUGGUCAGAUCUACAAAGCCAGAAGUGCUGGAUGUCCUCAGACUGAGGACAAGAAGAUUUUUGCCUCUGGCGGCUCCAUCUUUGGAAAAGGUGUGAAAUUUGCCAUCCGAGACGGUCGCAUCAGUACAGACAUCAUCAGUUUGGCCAAUGAGGAUGGACGCCGCAUGGCUGCAGUUCUUAAUGAUGCCUUCUAUCUUGAAAGCCUUCACUUCACAAUCAUGGGAAUGGACACCCACUACUUUGUCAAAGUGGGCUCAGUUGAGGGAGAUUUGGCCCUCAUUGGCAUGACAGUGGGUCGGCGCACACUAGAGAAUGGUGUCAAUGUGACUGUGUCCCAGGUCAACACCGUGCUGAAUGGCAGGACUAGGCGCAUUACUGACAUCCAGCUUCAGUACGGCGCACUGUGUCUGAAUACACGUUACGGCAGCAGUGUGGAUGAGGAGAAAGCCCGCAUUCUGGAGUUGGCCAGGCAGAGAGUUGUCACCCAGGCUUGGGCCAGGGAGCGCCAAAGACUGAGGGAUGGAGAGGAGGGCUCACGAACCUGGACUGAGGGAGAGAAGCAGCAGCUUCUGGGCUCUGGGAAGGUGCAAGGCUAUGAUGGAUACUAUGUAGUUUCUGUUGACCAAUAUCCUGAGCUGGCAGAUAGCGUCAACAACAUUCAUUUCAUGAGACAGAGUGAAAUGGGCCGAAGGUGACAUGAACACAAGGCUUUCGAGUGAAGGACUCGUAUGUAGAAAAUGGGACUUCUUGCCAAAGACAGUUGUGUACAUGAUCACAUGUUUUUUGGGGUUUUUUUGUGUGUUUUUUUUUCCUUUGACUGUGCCCAACUUGAUUUUUAAUAUACUGUAAAAAAAAAAAAAAAAAAAAAAAAAAGAAAGAAAGAAAACAAAAUGGUUACAAUCAGUUGCACUGUAUUAAUAGAAGAGUGCCCUUCUCCUUCUGAAUUAUUCUUUAACAGUCUUUGCUCUCCAAGUGCGACUGCUAGAGGAUGAAAAAUUGUGAUGUCUUUGACUUAUUUUUGUGACUCCAUUUCCUCAUCGCUGUUGGUGAUUCUGUUCAAAGAAAUCCAAGAGGAGUAUUGGUAAUGCAUUAUGUUCACUGGCUCACUCUGCUGCCAGACUUGCAGAUUGUUAUUCACAAGCUUGCUCCAUUCUGCCUUUUCUGCGCCUCAGCCAAGGAGAUUCCUUCUCUCUUAAUCAGUUCUGUUUUAUACUUGAAAUCCUCGUAGCCCCAGUCAUCCAUAAAUAAUGAGAGAGAUUUCUGUUGGCGGUAAAGCCCUUCAUCAAAACCCCAGCUGAACUUGUCAAAGCACCUUCAUUUCUGUAAUGUCUUGUAAUUUUAUAAGAGGAGGCUUUAUACUCAUUUACGGUCUAAGCUCAGAAGUCUCUGUGCACCCUGAAUGUGCAUGUUGGCCUUUUUUUAUGAACUACAAAAUUAGCUAAAAUGCUUAGUUAAGUUUAAAUUGUAUGGUAAAGCCAACAAAGGGAUAUGAGGUCACCUUUUAAUUUGGAUUCAUAUUAUCUUAAACUGAAUUUUCUUUUUCCAAGGAAGAAAUUGGCAUAAAUUGUUGUCCACUCCUCUUAAUUUGACUGUGUUUAAACUACUCGCUCAUAAGAGAGCAUAAGAGCCAACCCUGUAAGAAAAUACUGUGGAAUUAUUGUCUGUAUUAAACAACAAAUGGUAUUUUACAGGAAUGGUUUUGAAUUAUAUUUUAGUUUUGUUUUAUAAAUAGCUAUAUGAAUUAACAGUAUAACAAAUGUGAAUUUUUUAAAAAAAAAUGUGAAUUAUUGUCCCUUCUAUUGUUAAUUGUUGUACUUGAAUAAUACUUAAGGGUGUUUGAACACAUGGAAUAAAAAAUGAAGGUGGUUUAGUUAAAUCAGUUACUGUGUACUUCAUUAGACUGACAGCAUUUUACUGAUCUGGAUUGCUUAUGGAAGGCACUGUUUGUUAAUCAGUAAGCUUAAGUCAGUAUUCCACAGCACACAGUCCCAUCCAAUAAGGUUUUGGAUGAAAAUAUUUAAAAUAGUAUAACACAGAAGGUCAAAGAAACCAGUAACUUUAGUCAGACCUGCUUCAUUAGCAUACUGGCUGCAGACAUAGAUCGGCAUUGCAUUGUGUUGUGGGUGUCAUGAAACAUACAAAUUGCCUUUGCCCUAAGGGCUACCCGCAGGUCAGCAUCAAAAGUGCUUUCAUUCUCCAGAAUAGGACUCUACUUGGUCCCAUGUCUGGUGGAAAUGCAUUAUACCUGCAGGUGUACUAGUGCCCGUUUACAGACUAAAGGUCAUCUAUACACACCAACCUUGGAAAUAACCCAUAUGGACACUUUCCAGCUCUCAUACAUCUGUGCCCCCCAUCAGUGGAUACUGCAGAGGACAGUUAACUGCUCAUUCUCAAACAUCAUGAUGACAAAACUCAAGAGGAGUUGAGACUAUUUUGAAAAUUGUGACAUUGAUUUGACUUACGGUACUAUUUGAACUAUGCCAAGCCACUGCACACUCAGCUUUUGUCCUUUUCUGUCAAACAUACGAACUUGUCUCUGUGUUGCGGUGGUGAGAGCAUGGUUGAUAGUGUCGAUCUGUACAAAUGGCAAAGCAAAAAGUACGUGGUUAUUUUUCCUGAUAUUGGUUGACUCUGUGACAUUUUGUUUCCAAAAAAAAAAAAACAGAUAUGUAUGUUCAACAUGAUAUGAAUGAAGGAUAUUUGCAUUGUGGAAUAUUGCACUGAGAACUGUUGCGUCAUAAGACUGGAUCUUUUUCUAAAGUUUUGGACUCAUUUUGAGUUUUGGUUUGUUCUCAACACUGUGUUUUUAGCGCUUCUCUUUGACUGUGUAAAUAUGAAGGCAUCAAAGUAAGCUGUAAAUAAAAUGCAAAUGUAGAUACCUCUUAGAGCUACAUCGGUGACCCUGUGUAGUCUUAAGGUAGAAAGAAAAUAAAGGGAAUAUUUUGUGUUUA